UCUGCUGCAAUGUUCGUCUAUAUCUCCGAAGAAAUCUGGAUUUCUGCUUCUCCAUCGACAUGAGCAUUGCACUGUCUGCUGUACUACUGUGGGACUGAUGAAAUGCGCCUACUGAAUGAAAGUUGGCAGAGGAUCUUCAUCAUGCCUGUCCUGAACGUGACAGAAGAGCUGAUCUCCGCUGCAUCUCCGUCUCCGUCCUCCAUGGUGUUUUCGUCUCUCCAUCAGUCAAACUGCUCCAUGUCUCCGUCUCCAUCCUCUCCGCCGUAUAACUUCUACGCCGUGCUGCUGGUGCUGCUGAUCUUCUGUGUGGUUUUCGGUAACGUGCUGGUGUGUGUGGCGGUGUCCCGAGAGAAAGCGCUCCAGACCACCACCAAUUACCUCAUUGUGUCCCUGGCUGUGUCUGACCUGCUGCUGGCCACGCUGGUGAUGCCCUGGGGCGUCUAUCUAGAGGUUGUGGGUGAGUGGAGGUUCAGCAGGAUUCACUGUGAUGUUCUGCUAACGCUGGACGUGAUGAUGUGCACCGCCAGCAUCCUCAACCUGUGUGCCAUCAGCAUUGACAGGUACACAGCGGUGGCGAUGCCGCUGCUCUACAACACACGCUACAGCUCCAGGAGACGCGUCGCUCUGAUGAUCGCUGUCGUCUGGUUUCUGUCCUUCGCCAUCUCCUGCCCACUGCUGUUCGGCCUCAACAACACCGCCAGUCAGGAGGGUCGAGACUGCAGUUUUGCAGACCCUGCGUUCGUGGUUUACUCGUCUGUGGCCUCAUUUUACGUGCCGUUCAUCGUGACGCUGCUGGUGUAUGUGCAGAUCUGUGUGGUUCUGCGGAGACGAGGCCGACGCACCGCUCCCACACGCAGACGAGCAGCAAACACAGAGCCGACCGACGCUCAGAGGACACGCAAGAAUAAGUGCACUCAUCCUGAAGAUGUGAAGUUGUGUACUUUAAUACUGAAGCCUCCUGCAGCCGCUCCACAGCGCAAGAAAGUGACACUGGUGAAGGAGGCUGUAGUUCACCCUCUGGAUGUGGAGCCGGUGUGUUUUCUCAGUGCAGACAGAGAGCAGACGCAGACACAGCCGUCUGGAAGAGCCAAACUCUCCCUGUCCGUGGCCCCGUGUGCGGGUCAGUCGGGCCCCGGACCCCGCAGGGACACACUGCAGGAGAAAACACACACUGAGAAACAAGCCGCAGCUAAAGAGCGAGUGCGAGGACGACUGUCGCAGCAGAAGGAGAGGAAAGCCACGCAGAUGCUCGCCAUCGUCUUAGGAGUGUUCAUCAUCUGCUGGCUGCCGUUUUUCCUCACUCACGUGCUGAAGGCUCACUGCGGCAGCUGCUGCAUCUCUCCAUCGCUUUACAGCGCCGUCACCUGGCUGGGUUAUCUGAACAGCGCCGUCAACCCAGUCAUUUACACCACCUUCAACAUCGAGUUCCGCAAGGCCUUCAUCAAGAUCCUGCACUGCUGAACACACACACACACACACAUACAUAUACGCACAUACUAACACACACACAUACUGACACAUAAACACACACACAUACAUAAAUGUAUACAUAUACACACACACAUACUGACACACACAUUCUGAUACAUACUGACACACACACACACACAAACAUACAUAAAAACAUACACAUAAAGACACACUCACACAUACAUACAUAAACACACACAUCCUGACACACACAUACAGUAGGUGACACUUUAAUAUGACCAUUACCGCCGUUCCCUGUACCGCCGCCGCUCUAAAGGAGUAAGAAUUCUAGCCUAUAUUAUUUUAAUUCUAGCCUGUAUUAUUUUAAUUCUAGCCUAUAUUAUUUAAACUCUAGCCUAUAUUAUUUUAAUUCUAGCCUAUAUUAUUU